UCUAUUAGUCUCAGUAUUAUACUAAUCAACAAGCAGCUUGCCUUUUCAUCAUUUUCAUAAUCCUUGAAUCAUGAACCAAAUCCUUAAAAACAUGCACCAAACAAUAAUCUUCUAUUAACAAAAUCCAAACAAAUUUAAAAUCAAAUUCACAUAAGUUAUAUGAACCUUUCAUAAAAAAGAGAGAAAGAAGCUACCUUCAAUCCUUCAUACCCAGGGAAACCAAGUCAGUAGAGAUUUCAAUGGAGAGAAACAUUAGUGAUCUUCAUGUAGUAGUGUUUCCAUGGUCAGCUUUCGGCCACAUGAUCCCGUUCUACCAGCUUGCCAUAGCCCUGGCUAAAAAAGGUGUGCGAAUUUCUUACAUAUCAACCCCAAAAAACAUUAAGAGGCUUCCUAAUAUCCCUUCAGAAUUAAACUCCCUUGUAGAAUAUGUAAGCAUCCCAUUACCAACAACUCCUGAUGGUGGUGGUGUUCCGGAAGGAGCCGAGGCCACAGUUGACAUACAGUUUCAUGAAAUCCCAUACCUAAAAGUGGCUUAUGAUCUCCUAUAUGAGCCUAUCAAGAAAUUUGUUUCAAGUCGGUCAAUUGAUUGGAUAAUAUCUGACAUCAUAGGUCACCGGAUGGCUGAUCUUGCUCGGGAAUGCCAUAUCCAGCUCAUGUUCUUCUCCGUCUACACGGCCACCACCCUGAGUUUUGUGGGUCCACCGGAGUACCUUUCGGAGGAAGGUCGGAAGAAAGUUAGACCAACACCAGAUAGUUUGACAACCCCGCCUCCCUGGGGAGGAGGAAUCUUCCCUCCAUCAGUUGCUUUCCGUGGUUAUGAGGCAGCAGGGUUCCACCCUGGGAUAUACAACAAGAAUGAAUCCGGGAUAUCAGAUGCUGAAAGGUUGGCUACCAUGAUCAAGGGAUGUGAUGCAGUAGGAGUGCGUAGUUGCAGAGAGUUUGAAGGUGAAUACAUCGAUCUAUAUCAGAAACUCAUUAACAAGCCCGUGGUGCCAGUCGGGCUGCUCCCACCACCCAAAGUAGAGAAGAAAGAAGAAAACACAGAUGAAACAUGGAUUGAAGUCUUCAAAUGGCUUGAUCAACAGAGCAAUAGAUCGGUUAUCUAUGUAGGGUUUGGGAGUGAGUAUAAACUCACUAAAGAUGAAGUUUAUGAGAUUGCUUAUGGACUAGAGUUAGCACAGUUGCCAUUCAUAUGGGCUUUAAGAAAACCCACUUGGGCUGUUGAUGAUUCUGAAGCUUUACCACCGGGCUUUGUGGAUCGGACAUCAGGAAAGGGGACCGUGUGCCUCGGGUGGGCACCACAGCUCAAAGUUUUGGCUCAUCCCUCAGUUGGAGGCUCAUUGUUUCAUUCUGGGUGGGGUUCAAUUAUAGAGACACUAGAACAUGGGCAUAAUCUUGUAUUGUUACCAUUUAUUAUUGAUCAAGGGCUAAAUGCAAGGAUGAUAGUAGAGAAAGGUUUGGGUAUUGAAGUAGACAGAAGAGAAGAUGGGUCAUAUACCAGAGAUGACAUAGCUUCCGCACUGAAACAAGCCAUGGUAGGAGAUGAAGCACGGAAGAUUAAGGCUCGAGCUAAGCAGGCUGCAGAAAUUUUUGGUGAUCAUAAGCUGCAGGAGGAACAAUAUAUCAACGGGCUUGUUGAAUUUCUGAGAACCGGAGCAGGACAUUAAUAAAUUUACUGCAAAAUUAAAUUUACGAAUCCAUGAUGUAACUUACUAAUAUAAACAAUAAGCUUUAAAACUUUUUACAGCAGGUACUGAAAGCAUGAGAAAUAGGAAGUAGCAUAUUGAAUGGAGUAAAUAGUUGCUCCAGAGUGUUCAAUGCUUAAUGCAACAAGUGUUACUUCAUGUUUCAUCAACCUUCAGAUGAAAGAAGGCAAGAAAAAGGUUUCAUGUGACGGGACAAGUUAAUCAAUAAACUAAAUAAGGCAAGUUCCUUUCCAUUUUCCAUGUAUAA